CCUUCGUGCGUGUAUGUGAGCUCCCACGUCCUCCCCGCCCCCAGGAGGGACCAGCCGUCCUCGUCUGGGCGGGGGAACCGGGCGAGAGUGGGACCGGCACGGCGGAGGCGGCGAGGAGCCGGGCACCGCUCCGCUGUCCUGCGGGGGACGGACUGGGCUGAACCGCGGCCUCUGCGGAGCAGCACCGGGACUAACGGGACUUAGACUAAGGGAAUAAGACGGGGCAAGACCGGGACUAAGGGGACUGAGACCGACGGGACCAGACCAGACCGGGCCGGGCCACAGCGGGACUAAAGCGAAGGCGCCGGCGGAGGGGGGCCGGGCGCUGCCCGCGGUGCUGAAGGCGGGGCCGGGCGCUGUCCGCCGUUCUGCAGGAGCAGCUCGGCCCGCUCCGGCCCGCUCCCCCACGCCCGUCUCCUCCGGCCCAUGCACUCCGGUCAUGGGCGAUCACGCCAGCGGUUCCGGGGUGGGCGUCUACAACGAGGCCCUGCUGCACAAGACAAUCCUGGUUGGAGACAGCGGUGUGGGGAAAACAUCUCUGCUGGUCCAGUUUGACCAGGGCAAGUUCAUCCCUGGCUCCUUCUCUGCCACUGUGGGCAUUGGGUUUACGAACAAAGUGGUGGCCGUGGAUGGUGUGAAGGUGAAGUUGCAGAUCUGGGACACGGCAGGACAGGAGCGUUUCCGCAGCGUCACCCAUGCCUACUACAGGGAUGCCCAAGCCCUGCUCCUGCUCUACGACAUCACCAGCAAGAUGUCCUUCGACAACAUCCGUGCCUGGCUGACAGAGAUCCAUGAGUAUGCCCAGAAGGAUGUGGUCAUCAUGCUGCUGGGCAACAAGGCUGAUGUGAGUAAUGAGAGAGUUGUGAGGACAGAAGAUGGAGCAUCGCUGGCCAGGGAGUACGGGGUGCCUUUCAUGGAGACGAGCGCCAAGACGGGCAUGAACGUGGAGCUGGCCUUCCUGGCUAUUGCCAAGGAGCUGAAGCAGCGUGCAGUGCAGCUGCCAGAUGAGCCUCGCUUCCAGAUCCACGACUACAUCGAGUCACAGAAGAAGAAGUCCAGCUGCUGUGCCUUCGCCUGAGAACAGCCAGGAGGAGCUGGCAGCCCCAGGGACACAGCCUGGCAGGGCAGAGCAGGGGCCCAGUCCUGCCCUCAACUACCCAAAGGAGCCAGGUUCCUCGAAGCCAGGUGUGGAUGGAACAGGACAACGGGUCAGAGUGUGCAUGGGGACAGCCAACACCCCAGUGCCAGGAUCCAGGGGCCGGAUCCUGCUGCCCAGUGGGGCAAUACCUGGAGCUUACCAUGUGUCACCAAGGGAGUCACCAUAGGGUGAUGACUGCCAGCCUGGCCAACAAGCCACAGUGAUGCUUCCAGCACAUGAUCAAGAUGCAGAACACAGUCCUGAGCCCAGCUGGGGGCCCCUUAGAGCAUCUCAAGGGGCUGUGUGUGCACCAUGGACAAGCCCUCAUGCAGCCUCUGGUCUUCUCCCUCACGGCAGCCAUCCCAUCUCUUCCUGCUGCUCUCAGCUGGCUGGAAGGGCCUGAUCUAGCCCCCCACAUCCUCAGUGCUGCUGGGCUCUGGCUUCCCUUCAGAGAGCCCUGCUCUGCCUCUCAGGCUGCCCCACCCUGGAGGGCAGCUCGUCCCUUACCUGGCCACAGCUCCUCACUGCUGUGGUUGCUGCUGUCAGCUUCUACCCUCCUGCCUCCAUGAGGGCAGCGAUGUCCCUGAUGAGUCCUGGUUGUACUAAGGGAAAGGCUGGGAUGAGGAAGUGUUCAGCCAAGCCUACUCCCUGACCACACAGCCAGCAUAAGAAAUAAAACCCCUGGGAGCACCUAGGUGACGCUUGGGGCACUUCUGCUACACGUAGUGAUCUGGAAGAAUCUUUAUUUCACUUCUCUUGUAGCCAAAGGAAUUAGAGACUGGAGGAGGGCGGUUCUGAACAAGAAAAUCCUUUUUCUUACCAAUCCUUUCCAACAAAACUAUCUCUGGCCUCAUGCAGGCUGGAGCUGGUGAGACGGAGGUGCCCAUGGUGGCCUGAGGCUGCUGUGCCUGCCAGGGCAGGCUGGGUUUGUGUCCCAUCCCUGCACAUUUAACACAACUGUUUCUUCCUGCUGCUGGAAAAUAGCAGCUGGAACCCACUGUUUGGAAACCAGAUGCCUGAGAUGCUUCAGCCAUAGAAAGCUGCUGUGCUGGUCACCAGCAAGGUGCAGAGUGCAAGUCUUGCAAACCCCAUUGCUGCACAUCCUAGAUGCUCAGCUCAGCCCUGCCAAUCCUUCCAGCACACUGCCAGAUCCCCUACACACUGCUCAGUGCAGAGAGAUGGUGAAUAUUUGGUUGUGUAGCUAAAGAGCUGAUAUGAGGCUAACUCAUGGCUCUGCUGCCUGCAGGAGCUGGAGACCAUCCUGCACAUCUGUCCCUGCCAGCAUCUUCCCUGGUCCUGCACUGAGCUGCUCAGCUCUCACCGGCCCCGAUGUUUCUUUCACCUCUGCGCUGCUCCCGGUUCUCUUUUCUCAAGUUCGCAGCUAAAGCUGGGCGUUUUCAAGGCUUUGUAUCAGUCUGGUUUGUUGCUGCGUGAGAAACCCCUGCCCUGGGUCUGCAACGUGGGAGGAAGGUUGCUGUGUCCGCAGGCUUCAGGGCUGGAGAAGGGGGGUCCUGGGAGCCCCCGUUGGGAGAGGGAACUACCCACAGCCCCGUCCUCCUCGUCGGGGCUUUCAUUCCACAUUACAGACAGUCCAAAGGUGAGAGGGGAAGAGUAAACAUGGCCUGUUAAAUUAAAACCAACCUCCUCCCCUGCUGUUCUCAUGGUGCGGAGUCCAGCAUUCCCCAAAUAACUCUGUCUUCCCACCAAUGGCAUUGCUGCUGCUUGGCUGAUGUCUGCAAAAAAUGCUGGAUGGUUUCAACACAAA